GUGACGCAACUACGCAACAUACCUAGCGUGGAGCGAGUAGUAGCUUCCGACUUGUUGAGCAAGGAGAUAAGGACCUACAGCAGGGAAUGGAUUGUCUCCGUAGUCCGCCAGCAACUGGCCAGUGCCCGCGCGGAAGUCAUGAACGGUUCGGCAGCCCCUACUAUUGACCAGGUAGCUUCGGCGACGCGAGAUGCCCUGGAAUCCAUGAACCGGCCGGCCCCUCAACCCGUCAUCAACGCUACUGGUGUCGUCAUUCACACAAAUCUGGGGCGGGCCCCCCUGAGUCGUGCCGCUUCCGAGGCAGCAAUUCUGGCCGCGCAGGGAUAUUCGAACCUCGAAUUUGACCUUGGAAGCGGCCGGCGGGGUUCCCGACAGGCCCACCUUCAAAACAUUCUCCAGGAAUUGACGGGCGCUGAAGCUGCAUUGGUGGUCAACAACAACGCCUCUGCGGUGCUUCUUGGUUUGUCGGCUUUGGCGGCUGGGAAGGAAGUCAUAGUCUCCCGGGGUGAAGCGGUUGAAAUAGGCGGCGGGUUCAGGGUGCCUGACGUGCUCAGUCAAAGCGGGGCCAUACUGGUUGACGUGGGAACCACAAACCGUACCUACGCCAGAGACUACGAGGACGCAAUUACCCAGAAUACUGGAGCAUUCUUGAAGGCUCACGCCAGCAAUUUUCGCGUGGAAGGUUUCACGGCAGCAGUCGAACCUGGAGAGCUUGUUGAAUUGGGCGCCCGAAAAGAUGUUCCGGUCUUGCACGAUGUGGGCAGUGGUUCCCUUCUCCUAACCGAGAAUUACGGGUUGGCCCACGAACCCACUCCCCAGGAGAGUGUAGCGGCAGGCGUUGGCCUUACAUUCUUUUCCGGGGACAAACUGCUUGGGGGGCCCCAGGCGGGGAUUGUAGUCGGAACGAGGGAUCUGGUAAACCGAUUGGAGCGUCACCCAUUGGCCAGGGCUUUUCGCAUCGACAAAAUGAGCCUUGCUUCCCUUAUCGCCACUCUGGUGCAUUAUCUGCGUGGAGAAGCUGAACGGGAGAUCCCAAUAUGGCGAAUGAUUUCCACCCCGGUGCAGCUUCUGGAAGAACGUGCCAUAUCAUGGCAGAAGGCCGUCCAGGAAAUUCCUGGCGUUCAUGCCAGGGUUGACGACAGCCGCUCCGCCAUCGGGGGAGGCAGCUUGCCCGGUGAGACUCUGCCUACGAGAGUGCUUUCUCUUGAUUGCAGCACGGUGGCAGGUGGCGCACAGCAAGUAAUGGAACGUUUGCGGAAAGCUGACCCUCCGGUGAUCGCGCGUAUCGAGGACGACCGGGUGCUGCUUGAUCCGCGAACGGUGUCGACCAGAUCCGAUGAAGAGCUAUUGCAGGCUUUGACCAAUUCAUUCAAGUAG